AUGAUCUGCAGCUGUUUCUGCAGUGCGACUCUAGAGACGGAGUCUCACUGUUCGAUCACACGUCCGGCGUCUCUGUUGCACCUGCUCCCGAUGCUGACAGGGGACCACUUCCUAUCACUUUGCCCCACCACACUCACCGUUGGCCUCCUCGAGGAGCGCCUCCUUGCAGCUGAGAAGAGUAUAGUCGCUCUAGGGGCCUCUCGUGGUGACCCUCGUGCCCCUUUCUUUGAAGGGUGCUCCCCCGUCCCCCAUUUCCACUAUGUUGCUUCUGCUGCUGUUGUCGACCUCGUUGGCACCGACUCGGUCGGCGCUGCGUCUGCUGCCAGUGGGAGGCGCCACAGCGGCAGGGGCAAGGGGGGCAAGGAUGCUGAAGGAGACGGCGGGGGCGGCGGUGGUGGCGGUGGAGGCGGCGGAGGGGGUGGGGGUGGAGGUGGGGAUGGUGGCGGGAGGGGGGCUUCGGUGGCGGCGGUGGAGGUGGAGGCGGAGGCGGUAGCGGCGGUGGUAGUGGUGGCGGCGGUGGUGCUGGUUGGGGUGGCGCUGUGCAGCGGGAAGGCUUUGGUGUUGGCCAGCGCCAGCAGCAGCAGCGUUCUCGUGAGACCCUGUCGCCCUAGCAGCUUUGUGAGUGGGACGCUGGGCGUGGGAGGUCUAGGGUUGCUGGUCCUUGUGCUUACGUUCUCCGCACCGGCGAGCGCAGUGGGGAGAGGUGCGGAGGACCGCACGCCACACACCGCUGCUGCUGCUCUGGGUGCUAGUGAGUCUGCUGCUAGUGCUGGUGAGUCUGCUCUCUCAGGUACCGCGUCGGCUCAGGCCUUACACACGUUCACCCUUGACUCGGGUGCUUCCCGCUCCAUUCGCGACUGCACCACACUCUCACCGCUCAGUCAGCCAGUGGCAGUCUCCCUGGCUGACCCCUCUAGGGGUCCGGUCCUUGCGCACUCUUCCAAGGUUCUGCCGUGUUCGGCGGUCCUGUCUGGCUCUCUGUCUGGCCUCCAACCCCCCUCGUUCUCCAUGAACUUGGUGAGUGGAGCUGACCUUCAGGACGCGUGGGUUGACCAGUUCACUCCUGGAGGUCAGCGGGUGACCCACUGUUCGUGUACUCGGACGGGCCGGCACCUGGCCACGUUCACCCGUCAGCCUAGACUCUCCUCUAGCACCACCGCCUUGGUCACCCCUCCCUGCCUUGUCUCCGAGGCAUGGCCUCCCGUGUCCUUGUCACUGGUCUUCCCCGGUCUCUCCCUCCCCUUCCUCCGAGGACCGGCCCCUACCUGCAUUCCAUGCGUCGAGGGGCGGCAGCGCACCGCUCCUCACUCCUCUGAUUUCCCUCCAACAGAGGCCCCGCUGCAGAUGCUUCACAUGGAUGUGUGGGGCCCAGCCCGCGUCCGUGGACAGGGUCACGAGCGCUACUUUCUGCUGGUCGUUGACGACUACUCGCGUUACACCACAGUCUUCCCCUUGCGCCGCAAGGGCAUCCGCCAGACGUUCACGCUUCUGGCCUCCCCACAGCAAAAUGGGAUUGCUGAGCGCCGCAUUGGCAUGGUCAUAGACGUCGCUCGUACGUCCAUGAUCCAUGCGGCUGCUCCCCAUUUUCUGUGGUCGUUCGCGGUUCAGUACGCUGCGCAUCAGCUCAACCUCCAGCCCCGGAUCUCCAUGCCGGAGACCACACCUACUCUUCGGUGGACGGGGAAGGUUGGCGAUGCGUCUGCGUUCCGUGUCUGGGGAUCGCAAGCUUUCGUCCACGACUUGUCUGCGAACAAGCUGUCCUCCCGCGCAGUUCCCUGCGUCUUCUUUGGCUUCCCCCCUGACGUGCCUGGUUGGCAGUUUUACCACCCCACCUCGCGCCGUGUUCUGUCCUCUCAGGACGUCACAUUUGACGAGUCAGUUCCUUACUACCGUCUAUUCCCAUACCGCACUGCCCCCAUCCCCCCCCCCCCCGUCGCUCUUCCUUGCUCCAGGUCCUCCCUCGAUAGACCCCCUCCCCCCUCAGGGCCCUACCCCCGCAGGUGUGUCUCUGGUAGACGCGGUCGACCGUGUUGA